AAAAAUGUCAUAAACUGAAAUUCCCUGAAUUCGUAAUCACUGCUCUUGAACGUGAUCUUAUAUAUGUGUACUGCGAAAAAAAAAUGCGAAUUAUUCCGUCAAUUUCGUCAUCAUGCUGAAAAUUCACGCGCCUACGCCCGUCCGCUCCGGUCAUUUAUAACAAUUUUCAACGAGUUUUCCGCAGUGCACCAGUGUAUAUUGCAGAGUACGCGCGUAUUUUGAAAAAAAAAAAUGUCGGGUCUUGCGGUUUUUGAUUUCGACCGUACUGUUGUGGAUGAUGAUUCGGACGCUACAAUAAUAAAUAGAUUGAGAGAGAAGAAACCGCCGCCGGAAUGGGAAGCGGGCAAUCAUGACUGGACCCCAUACAUGAGUGAUGUGUUCGAGCACGCAUACUCAGCCGGACUGCACCAGGAAGACAUCCUGGGCUGCAUAGGCUCCAUGCGGGCCACGCCCGGCGUGGAACAGCUCAUCACAACCCUCGCGGCCGAGGGUUGGGACGUCUUGCUGCUCACUGACGCCAACUCCGUGUUCGUGAACCAUUGGCUCAAAGUCCACGGGCUCCAGGACGCGGUGAAGGCGGUUAUCACGAACCGAGCGUUCUGGCAGCAGGGCAGGCUGUACAUAGAGCCGUGCAUGCGCCAGACGGCGUGUUCCCGCUGCCCGUCCAACUUGUGCAAGUCGAUCGCACUGGCCCAGUGGCUGUCGCAAAGGGCCCCGUACACGCGUGUCAUAUACGCCGGCGACGGGAGGAACGACUACUGCCCGGCCACUAAUUUGCCCGCUCAUGCAACAGUGUUUCCUCGCAGCGGGUACCCGCUAGACGAUCUUACCAAGAAGACCCUAGCCACUCCGAACCCACACGUGAAGGCGAAGGUUGUACCCUGGGAGGACUGCUACACGAUACUGCACGAGGUCUUCCCCGAGAAACCCAGUAUACCAGCUUAAUAACAAGCCUAGUUCAAUAAUAACGCAGUGCCGGUAUAACUAAUUUUAAGGUUUUUUUUAUUUUUUAUUUUGCGACGAGAAUGGCAGAACGUACGCACAUACAGCCGAUGUGUGUAAUAGGUGCUUUAUUUUCUUUUUUUAUAAGGGUUAAUAUGGACUGUAAUUUUUUCCGCAUACUCACCUUGAUUAAGUGUAGACAUUGUUUAUAAUUAUGAUUUUUAUCAAUGCAAAUUUAACUGCGUACGGUUUACACGUAAUAAAAUGGCGCACGCGGAAAACAAUUUACGCGGGAAAAAGUGCGCGCUAAAAUUCGGAGUUCAUAUUAACCCUUAAUACAAUUUCAAAUAUCGAACAAUAGUAUGGUACAUAUAUUUUCUUAAUUGUUCGAUCAGGAAUAGCAAGAUGCCCUAUCUACCAUUCUCUAGCCUAGAUUCAAAGAUUUCAUUUUAAUAUUAUAGUGAAUUCAAUAGUGUUUAAUUGGCAACACUAAGAUACGCUUUUGAUUGAUGAGUUGCCAGUAUUAAAAAUAAAAAUAUGCCUUUUGGUUCUUUAGUCAAUGUUUAAACUUUUCCAGCUGCGAUUACAAAUAGCUAUUAAUAUGACAAUUGUCGUUAAUAGAACUAAGUACUUAUUUUAGUGUUAUUUUAAUUAAUUUAAUACAUUAUUUUAUUAAGGUAGUACAAUACGUCAAAUAUGAUUUGAUGUCUGUGGCGCAAAAUAUUUACCCGCGAAAAAUGAUAAUGACAUAGAUAAAUUUCACGUAUCCUUAAUUUUAUUUAUACAUGCAAAAGCUUAGGAAACGAGCCAUACAGCCUGUGAUUUUUUUUUUUGUGGCACCGAGUUCUGAUACUUUUGCAUGUGACUUAUUUAAGACAACAUUUUGUAUAAUAAUAGUGAUAAAACUUUUAAAAUGUAUUUAUAAAUUAUUAUAUUUGACUCCAUUUAUCUUAAAUGACAAAUCAUUUGCUAAAAUGUAUUAUAUUUUUUACUUUUUUUUUAGUACUUCUGUAGUGCUAUGCGUCCAUAAAGUAAUUGAUAAUAUAAGCUGUGGACUUUUAAAGUCCGUAUUGUGAUCACAAAAUUAAAUUUAAUUCCUUCGUA